AUGACAAAGACAAAAAUUGACAAUGUCCCUGACCACGAAGCGAAUUCUGAGACACGGUCCAGCAAAAGAACAAAACUGUCCAACAUAGGAGAUGAUGGAACAAGCGCAGAAUGUACGAAGGAAAGCAACAACAAUCAGCAUCAAGCCAUUAACAACGAGGCGAAUAACACGACGCUCAACCGCGAGGGAGAAUCAGCAAUGACUACUACCCCUGAUGUCAAACGAGGAUCUGGUGCAACCCAGCCUACUCUGAGCGUUCGAUCUGUACUGCCUAACCCUACCAAGUGUUUAAUUGAAGAUUCAGAGGUCGAAGAAUAUGAUGACAUAUUGAUCGCCCGACUUCACAAACUUUCCGAAUAUACGAACACACACGCCAAUAUAUAUGCGUUAGGAAAGCUGUUGCCGACCGCGACAUGGGGGCAAUAUAGACCAAUCAAUGACCGCAGCAAGAUUCUAUGCGAUCCCGCAACUGGAGAGCCUCUGACUAUUUGGAUUGUUGGAAGAAUUGCGAAAAUGUGGUUCACCAAAUUCGGCAAUCCAGAGAAACAGGCAUCCAUGACGAUUAUGCCACUCUCAAAAACACUGGCACAACAAAGUGGAAUAUUGUUGGCGAAGAUGUCAAACCCUAUAAUGAGUAUUAAUCAACAAGCCACACAAAUCAUCCGUGCCAUCAAGUGGCAAAAUCCUAAGAACAGCGACACCGGAACAGAAGCAAUGCUGUUCGAUGCCGUGUACGACGCCAGAGCGGAAGGAUCUUUAAAAACAUAUAGCGAGCGGCCUUUGUGGAACCUCACAGAUCUCAAGCCUGGAGAUGAAGAUGACACGGUAUUCCAAAAAACAAGAAGACAAAUGGCAUUCACGUGCGCAAUAUGA